AUGGAAGUUUUGAAAAGACGAUGGGUUUUCUCGACGAGAAGGCUGACUUCUGGAAUUUCGCAGGCCGCGUCUGGUUAAAAUUAACAAGAAAGAAUCGCCGAAGGCUGCGUCGUGCGUUCACGAGAGGCAAGCUUCUUCGGAGGUGAAUGCUCGCCGGUGCAAAUCGAAAUGUGAAAGAACACAGGUGAAUGCCGAUGCUGCGAUCGAAGGAAAGAUAACUGGAUGGAGGUUAAAGAAAGUUAGAUUAUGCCACAUUGAGAUCGAUAUUCAAUACACAGUGAUGAAACACAAGUAUCAACACAGUCCAGCUAAUGGUUUGAUGCUUCAACCUUAAAUUUGUAAAAAAUAGAAUUUUCCCAAGUUUUUAUACUAAGUGUAAAAAAAAAAAUAAGAAUUGAAAACAGAUUUGGUUUUAGACAACUAUUGGAUUUCGAUAUUUGUUUAAUCAAUCUUGUUUGUAAAAUCAAGAAACGAUAUGAUUCCUUGUACCGUUCCUUGAUUUUAUAUAAAUUCCAGAAAGAUUGAUAAUAUUUGUAUUAGCCCUUUCAAUAAUAAAAAUUUUACAUUUCAGUGAAAUAAUUUGUUACAUGCUUCUUGUUAUUUAUUUUUCUUGUAUAGUUAUUUAAUGAUAGUGAAUUGCAAACUUUACUAAUUUAAACUUUGAAUUUUAUAAGUAAAUCUAGUUUAUAUCAAUAUUUUCAUUCAUCACUAUGUAUAAUUGUCCUCGAAUAAAUUUAUGCAUCGAUUUUGUCUGUGCACUGAAUAAAUAUUUGAUUUAUUUAUUUAAAAUUGUUGAUAUCCACAGUCCGUAGAAACUGUGGCGAAGAAAACAAGAAGAGUUCGAAAAAGGAUUACAGCUACGCAUAAUUUUGUAUACGAGUUUAAUCCAUUCGGAAAUUCAACAACGAUUCCUGGUAAUGCAACGAAAACGAAAGAAAUUCAAAGUCUAUCAAAUAUUGGAUCAGAAGAAUCAUUUUGCAAAUCUACGAAUAGCAAGCAAAAUUCCAAUAAUGCUCGGCUACAUGUCACAUCAGUAUUACCAAAAUUGAAUCCACAUAGCGAUUCUUUAGUAGGAAAUUCAGAAAGGCACGAAAAUGUGACCAAUCGUAAAAAGAAUGCCAGCUUGCCUACGAUAAAGAAACAAGAAACGGUUGUUAAACCUCAACAACGACUGGUUAAACCUCGUGCUGAAAGACGGAAACUUAUUAGCGAAAUUGAUCGAGAGGUGGAGAGAGUAAAAUCGGAUUGGCGCACAUUACGUUCAAGUACCGGAUGGACGCAAAGUAAAAAUUUUGCGAAUGCCCGAACGAGGAAAUUGUAUGACUCAUUGGAGAAAAUGACGCAGGAGAUAGAUAGAAUGCAAAAGUCCUACAUGGAUCCGAAAUCAAAUCGAUAUUUGCACCGAGGUGCGAUGAAAGCAUUGGAUCCAGCAGAUUUAUCAUUCAAAGAAAAGGCAUCGAAAAUUAAAAGUAUGCUGUUUCCUAAGGAUAAUAAAAAAAUUGCUGACGGAACGUUGAAUGAACUAUCAAACAUGCUGGAAACUAAUUUAUCAGACGUAACUCCAUCGAAACAUAUGCCUAAUAAAAAAAUUGAAAAGAAGUCGCUUCUUCCCAAUAUGCAAUCUCAAAAUGGCAAGAAUAAUUCGCCAUCGAAUGUUCAUAAGCAAAAUACAAGUGCAAAUAAUCGGAAAAAUUUGAAGAAGAUUAAUUCUGACAUUGAACGGUACUUGCAUAAUUAUAUUAACGAGGCAGAGAAGAAUUUUGUUAACAAAGAGGAAUCAAAAAUUAAUGAUUUGGAAAUUCACUCGGAGGAUGUGUCAGACAUGCUGAAAAAGUUGAAUUUAAAUUCUUUUGACAUAUAUGAUAUUGCUCGUGAUUUUGAAGAAAAUCCUUCAUUACAAAGUGUAGGAAGAACAAGAAGUUCUGCACAAAUAUCUAUGGGCCUAAAAACAACAAAAGAAGAAAAUAUUGCAAAAAUUUUAUCACAGAUGCAAAGUUCUAUGCAAACAAGUAUGGACUCUAAAGUUGAAAGUGCAAAAAUAAAGGAAGAAGAAACUGCAAAAAUUGUAUCAUCAAAGGAAGAUGAUCAUUCAACGGAAUACAAUAUGUUAAAUUACGAUACAUCGAUUCAAACGAAUACUAAAAAUAUACAUCAAAAUAAUGCUUUCAUAGAAAUGGGUUUUCACGCGUUGAAUAAUAGUUAUCCACAAAAUGCAUUGAUGCGUGUUCUUCAGUCAGAAUAUCUAAAAAAGGAUACAACCUUAAAGCCUAUGCUAAUAUAUCUUACAAAUAUAUCGGUAAGAAAUGUCUUUCAACCAAUUCCACCGUGUGCACAAAAUUAUGGCACUAUUCUAACAUAUGAUCUGCGUUACGUUGACGUAAACUGCAAAACUGAACGUAAAAAAUAUAUGAAAUUCUUAUAUAGCAUACAUGUCCAGUAUUUUGAUAUGUCUUCAACUAACCGAUGUGUGA